GGUGGCUCGCGAGGGACGCGUCAGAGUGGUAGAUGCUGGUUAGGACCGCGAAGACGAGCUGUCGAGAGCGAGACCGCGGUACCGAGAGAAAGCAGAUGCCCGCGCGGCCCAUGCCCCCUCGAAGGCCGGGCGGGGUCGCCGGCAGCCGGCCGGUCCUUUCAGUUGGCAGUCCCGACUGGCUUGACCAGAAGAGGAGUCAGGGCCUGGUGUGGUGGCCUUUCCUGCUUGCGCGGCUGCGCGUGGAGGCCCGAAGUCGACGUAGCAGGUGUGCUGUCAGGAGCGUACCUCGAUGGACACAAGAUCUCGCCCUAUUCUGCGGGGCCAUCAGUACUGCUAGACGACAUAGCCAGAUUGGGCGUCCUCCAUCUGCCCACCUUCCCAGGCCCCUCGAUGUUUUAUCUUGUCCGAUCUUCUAUAAGCCCUCCCUUUUCCAGUUAGCUUUAAAAUGUACCCUUUCCCCUCCCGUGCUUGCUCAGCACCCAGGUAAAGCAGUGCAUGCCUAUAAAACCAGCGCUGGGGGAGGGGGAGAGAAACAAUUGCUGGGACUCCUUGGUCAGCCAGUCUAUCCAAAACCAAACCAAACCAAGGGGGUCCCAGAUUCGGUCACAGACCCUGCCUCAGGCAAGCAAGGCAGAAGAUAGUGGACCCCUUAAUCCUCUACCCCCAAAGCAUCAGCACACAUUGGUUAUGUGACAACUGUGACUAUUUCAAACCACAUGGCUGGAAGACAGAUUUUACCACAGCGUCGCCUCGUGUGCAUGAAGCUCUUGAUCCCCAUCAAAGCCCAAAACCAUGUUAAGUACUGUAUAUACAUACUUUGUGACCUAAAAUUCCUCCAAAGGGGUGGAGAGAUGGCUUGACAGUUAAAAGGCAUUUGCAGCAGGCUGGGCUUAACCUUCAGCCACACACAAAAACUCGUGCAACCAUCGUGCUGAGGGUUCAGCACCAAGACUUAUCUAUCACACCUUCCAUGUAAAGGGUAGGGCCAAAGGAUGGGUAGGACUGCUUACAAUGCAAUCUUCCAGAAACAAAAUGGCUUGGAUACCCAUCAACUUGCAGUGCUUGGCACUACCUAC